UCCAUCAGCUCUAUCCUACCAUAAGGCUGACACAAUAAAUAAUGAGUGAGGGAAGGAAUCAAGCCAUCCUUAAUCUUGGGAUUUUUCUGACGGAAUCAGUGGGGGUUUUAUCUAGAGAGGAAAAGACCUUGAAGAGAUACAUGAAAACUAUUUUCAAGGAUGUGAAGAGGGAUGAGACUUCGCUUGUUGGCUACAGUAGGAAAAAUGCCAGCUGCGGAACUAGGAGCGCAGGCCGCACGACCUCAGCAGGCACUGGGGGGAUGUGGCGAUUCUACACAGAAGAUUCACCGGGGCUCAAAGUUGGCCCUGUUCCAGUAUUGGUUAUGAGUCUUCUGUUCAUCGCUUCUGUAUUUAUGUUGCACAUUUGGGGCAAGUACACUCGUUCAUAGAUUCGGCUACAUCCAUCUGUCUGUCAUCUGAAGAAGAAAGGAAAAAAACCCAACAUAUCUUGGACCAAAAGCAUAGUGAUUUUCUGUUCAUGAGAAAGAAAUUUUCUGUAAGCUUACUGUUUUACAGGGAACUUAAUGCAAAUUGAUUUUAAGGAAUCAUUUUUUUUUUUCCUGUGGCUAAUAAACUUUUAAAUUCAU